CCUAGACCCGACCCCCAAAAUGUCGGAAAACGCCGUCUCCAAGGUCAGCAGGGUGAAGACAUUCAUCCUAUACAUGGCCAACAACCGGAGCCGCUUGUCUGACUGGCUGUUUUUGGACGACAUGUCCAGGAUCCUUGGGUGAGUGACAAUGUCAUUACAAUUUCGUUUGUACAUUGAAAGAUUUCCGCUCUCUCUUCAAAUAGUUGGGCCCGCAGUGUGGUGGAAGGCGGGAUGACCAUUGCCACUGCAAAGUUUUAUCUGCAGAAUGCCCUGCAUUUUGCGAGGUUCAUGGUCGGGAUCCCCCCAAAGACAUGCCGCCUCACUCGGGUGCAGUUCGCCUCCAUCGAGAGGGAACUGAAGACGGGGGUGAGGUCGCUGCAGCGCAGGGUGGUGGUCCACCAGAUGUCCACCAAGCGGCUAAAAAUAAGUAAGCUGCCGUCCCGCCAGGCCCUGAGGGGUUGCCUCUCUGCCGCUGCCGUCGCCAUCCCACAGCUACUGGGCGAACUCGAGGCCAAAUUCGACAACGCCACCCGCUUCCUCUACUACGGCUACCAGUGCGCAUAUUGGAGCUGCCUGUUCAGGCACAGGCCGGGGGUCUAUGCCAACAUGACGGACAACGAGGUGGAGGAGGCAAAGACCCUCGGCCAGGAUCGGGGCUACCUGCUUCACAUAAAAGAACACAAGACAAACAGAACAUUUGGGGAGGCCCAGAUGUUUCUCAACCCGGCAGAGUUCGCGUGGAUGGCCGUGAAGAAAAGCCUCCCCGAUGCAAACCAGUUUGUGCUCUACACUAAGGGCAAGGGGCCCUCCAAAAACCUCAACGGGAACCUACAGUCAGCCUGGAAGGACAUGGGGUUGGCGGGGGUGAUUAAUUUCACCCUCAUUAGGAUGGCCGUGGCUACUUAUAUCCAAAACAAAGGAAAAAGGUCGCAGACUUUGUGUCACGACACCAGAAUGGCCGACAAGUACUACGUGGCCGACCCUGACCACUGUUAG